UCAAUGUGGGAUAUGAAUCAGGCGCUGCCGAAUGAUACCGUGAGAGCUCUGGCGUCGUUGAAGGAAGCUCUGGAUUCGCCCAAGGAGUUGCUUAGACUUGGGAGCGAGGGGAGCAAUUGUCUGGCCUUGGAGAAAGAGCAAAAUUUGAAUCAAUUUCACAGGAUGACAGCAAGACUAGAGAAAGCUCUGAAUGAAAUUUCACAUGAAGAUCUUGAUAUAUCUGAUGAAGUUAAGGAGCAGUCUUUCUGAGUCCAGGUUGAGCUUGUUCACUCUCAAUUCAAAAGAGGUAAAGGAAGGAUUGAUACACAAGAUGCCCUGCUGUAUGUUAACCUCCACUCUCUCUAUAACAACAGCAAAGGGAUUGGGUGAGAAGGUGGAGGUAAUGGAUAUAGCUGAUCGUACUCAAGUGUCUCUUGCUUUACAUGAAAUGGUUUCAGCUAGCAAUGGAGAUCCAGGGGAGAAAUUUGAGAAAAUGUCAAUUCUAUUGAAUAAAUCAUGUGGCCUUUGCUGAAGCUGGUGCAAUCCCUCCCCUUGUUGGCCUCCUUUGGACAACGAACCUCCUCACUCAAGAACAGGCUGUGACAAUAAUAAGAGAAGUAUCAUGUCCUGUAGGGCAGCACCUGGCACAGUCCAUGAGCUGAAGUCGGGGAGUAUGGAAGCACGUGAAAAUGCUGCAGCCACUCUUUUCAGCCUUUCUGUUGUCGACGAAUAUAAAACAACGAUUGGUGCAUCGGGAGACAUUCCGCUGUUGAGGAUUAUUGGGAGUGUGUCCCGCAUUGGUUAAUUUAGUGAAGAUCGUGGGUUUAUGAGUGGGGAAUACUAUCUCGAUUGGUAUGAGGCCUUUUGGGGAAGCCCAAAGCAAAGCCAUGAGAGCUUACACUCAAAGUGGACAAUAUCAUACCAUUAGUCGAUUUCAUUGCAACAGGAUCCCCUAGGAACAGGGAGAAUGCAGCUGCAGUUUUGGUGAAUCUUUGUGCAGGAGACGAGCGACAUCUCGUGGAAGCAAAGAAGCCCGGAGUGACUAGUUUGCUAGUAGAUUUGGCAUAAUAUGUCACAGACGGGUAAGCGGAAAGCAGCACAAUUGCUCGACCAAAUAAACAGGUUUACAGAGCAGUAGAAAUAGGCCAAGUCACAGUUGCUGCCACCACCUUCCACCAUUGGCAACGUCGGAAGUUUGUCGAGGAUUAUUGGGAUGGAGUCCUACAUUAGCUCAUUAAGAGGAUGAUCAUGAGUUUAUAACUAAGGAAUACAUAUACAUUGGUGUGAGACCUUUUGGAAAAACAAAAACCAAACCCAUGAGAGCAUAUAGUCAAAAUUGACAAUAGCAUACUAUUGUGGAGGUCCGUGGUCCAUAACAUGGUAUCAGAGCCAUGCACUUAAUUUAACCAUACUAAUCGAAUCUUCAAGUAUCGAACAAAGAAGUUGCUAGCCUCAAAGGUUUAGUCAAAAGUGACUCAAUCGUCGACCAAAUGGUGUAUUUUGUUUGAGGACUCUAGAGAAAAAAGUCAAUCCUCGAUUAAGGAAAGGUUGUUUGAGGGCUUCAUAAGUCUUAAAGGAGGCUCUAUCAUGUUGAAGAUUGUUGAGAGGGAGUCCACAUUGUCUAAUUAAGAGGAUAAUCAUGGAUUUACAAGUAAGGAAUAUCAUUUAUGCUUGAAGUGAACAAUAUCAUACCACCUGUGGAGGUUUGCUUUUUACGAGGUUUUUUCUUUCCCUUGUGUUUCCCAUUAAUGGGUUGGUUUCUUUCUGUCAUUAUACACAUGGAAGAAAAGGUAGUCUAGUUGUUCAUGGACAGUUUGAAAGUGGAGAAAAGCACAUAAAAUUCUGUGCCAUAAUUGGGGUUGAUUGGGGGGUGGUGUGUGCAGUUUGAGUCUGCUUGCUUUCCUUAGUUUUGGCUGUCACCCAUUUCUAUACACACACUCUCUUCUCUUCUAUACUCUGCCACUCUCCCUUCUCUUUACUUUCUUUUACUUUCCCACUUUAUUCCCUUCCUUUGGAACACCACUUCCAAUUCCCUCCCAAUACCCCCAUA